GCUGUCCAUUUUAGCUAUUGUGGGGAUUGGGUAGGGGAGUGGGUUCUUGAGCUUGGUGCAAAGCUUCACUGCCGUCUGUAUGUGGCUGUGAGCCAUCUCAUGCCUGAUUAUUAGAUUAAAUUAAGCAAAAAAAAAGAGAAGAAGCUGUAUUUACAGGAAGAACCAACGCAAAGGGUUAAAGUGGAGACCAAAGAGUGAAAAGGCAAAAAAAAAAAACUCUGUUUUGGAUGGCCAACUAACGGAAAUUCUAAGAUGGACCAAAAGUGUCAAUGACUAUAUAAGAUUGGCCUAUGUGGCAUGGAAGCCGCACACUGCUAUCUCGACGGCAAUGCAGAUGCAGUAGAAUUUUGUCCACACGAGUCUUUUCACCAUGUCUUGGCGGCCUCCACGUACACGCUGCAGGAGGGAGAUAAUCCGAGUCGUUCCGGUAGCAUAUCCCUCUUUGAUGUCAACGCUGAUGAGGGUCGUCUCGAGUUAUUGCACAGAGUCGAAACAGCGGGUAUUUUCGAUAUAAAGUGGAGCCCUGUAGGCGGAAAUGUAGGCCCUUUGCUUGCUCAAGCUGAUGCUGAAGGUUAUGUGCGAGUUCACAGGCUUGAAAGUUCUUCUGACGAAUCAGAGGUCCAAGGGAAUCAUCUGCAAGAGAUCUCUCAUGAUCAUGUCAGUUCCUCUAUGUGCUUGUGCUUAGACUGGAACCCUUCGGCUUCAUCCAUCGCAGUGGGCCUAUCAGAUGGUUCAGUCUCAAUACUUUCACUACAUGAGUCUCAACUAAGAACCCAAGAAUGGAAAGCACACGACUUUGAAGUUUGGGCCGCCUCCUUUGACAUUCAUCAACCACAACUUGUGUACACCGGCUCAGAUGACUGCAAAUUCAGUUGCUGGGAUUCGCGAGAUGAUCCAUCUAAGUUGGUAUUCCAGAAUACGAAAGUGCACACAAUGGGCGUCUGUUGCAUUACGAAAAACCCAAGCGAUCCUAACACCUUACUCACCGGUAGCUAUGAUGAACAUCUAAGGAUAUGGGAUGUGAGAUCAAUAUCGAGACCUGUAAAUGAGAGAUCAAUAUCCUUACAUGGCGGAGUUUGGAGAAUCAAGUAUCAUCCCGUUGUACCUGGCAUAGUUUUGACAGCUUGUAUGCACAACGGUUUUGCAGUUGUUAAUGUAGAAAGGGAUGAACCCGAAGUAAUGGAAACGUACAAGAAACAUGGAUCACUUGCAUAUGGAGCAGACUGGCAAAGAGGAUCUUUAUGUAUGGAAGGAAAAAGGAAGAAUACAGCUAUAGCUACAUGCUCGUUCUACGACCGGCUCCUUCACAUAUGGAAGCCAGAAGGUAACAUUAUUUAACGGCCCUUGAUAUGGGCACUGCAUUUCAGCAUAUACUCACAUCAAGAAUUCAAGAUUAGAUAUCUGGUUUUGUUAUAAAAAGAAUUGUGUGCAAGUGACAACUGUUGAUUUGAACUUUUGUACUCAACUUCAAAUGACUUAUUUCAGGAUGGUGCUAUAAAUUGAAUUAAGCUUUGUGUAUA